AUGGCGGGGGGUAGGGAUGCGGGAGCUGUCGCCGGCAAGGAGAGCGGAGAUUCGGCUUCUGCUCCGCGACCGGCGUUCAAGAAGCGCGCCGCAGGUGGCAAGAACUUUCGAAGGCGCGGCAAACCAGGCGGAGCAGAGAAAGCAUCGGCCAACCCCCCCGCGGGAAAAGACGACAACGACGAUGACGCCACACGCGAAGCGAGAAGGAACGAAGACGGCGAUGAUAAAGAUAAGGAGGCCGAGGAAAAAUCGGCGGGGAGCGACGGCACAAAUAUGGAAAGCGUGGACAAGAAGAAGAGGCCUGUGACAGGCGGGGAGGAGGAGGAAGACGAAGGGGAAGAGGAGGGGAGCCGCUUGGACCUACUGACGGACCUUCGAGAGGAGCAGCGGGCCAGGAGGAAAGGCGGCGGCCGCUCGGUGUCGGCCCUGAUGGGAGGGCGGCGGCAAGCGAAGGAGAAGGACGCCUUGGUCAUCAAGGGCCAAGGUGUCGACGGUACGGGGGCGGCGGCGGACGAGGCAGCGAACGACGCCUUCGGCCUAAAGCCGGAGGUCAAAGCCCCCAACAUCUCCACCAUGAUGGAGUCCGCCUUCAAGUCCGGCGGCACCGGGGGGUGGGGAGCGGCGGCGGAUUCGGCGGGGUCGGUUCCGCACGAGCAGCUCAUGGAGCAGUACGUGAAGGACAAGAUGGGCGGCGAGGAGGGGGCAGACGCGAAGGAGGAAGAGGACGGGGGUGGGGGGAGCAACAACAUGCUCAGUGAGGAGGACCGGCUGUACACCAUCCCCGAGGACUUCAAGAAGAAGGUGGAGGAAGCGAAGGUCGAGUUUGACACGGGAGCGAACAGGGGAGAUGAGAUGGAUGGAGAGGUCGGGAGCGGAGCGCAGAUUGCGUGGAACACGGGUCUCGCAGAGAUCGCGCUGCCGAUCGAGUUCAAGCUCAAGAACAUGGAAGACACCCUGGCGGCGAGGGAUAAGAUGGAGUCGGUCCGAGCGGCUCGACGAAACGCUCCCGGAGCUUCGUCCUCGCUUUCGGGUUCGUUGACCGCCAACUACUCGCACCACCAGAAGGAGUGGGCCUUGCAGAUCAGGGCGCUGCAGAACAGACAGGCCAUGGCAGAAGAAAGCCAAACCAAGGCUCCCACCAAGAGCGGUCCAGGCAUGGCCGCUUCCGCACAACUCUCCGGCAGCAAUAACAACAACAACGAUGCAGGAGGGGGGGCUGGGAGGGGCGGUGGGGGGCGGGGUUACGGCGGGGAGGGGUAUGGGAGAGGGGGCGGUGGGGGGCGGGGUUACGGCGGGGAUGGGUAUGGGAGAGGGGGCGGUGGGGGGCGGGGUUACGGCGGGGAUGGGUAUGGGAGAGGGGGCGGCGGUGGCGGAAGGGGAGGGGGA